UUUGACCUUUAAAAAUACGUUUUCCCCUGCUUAAUGAAUACCAUUUGCUAUCAAUGGAGAAUCCUGUCUCAUCUUAAAUUAGGGGCUUCUUACUUCCGAAACAGAUCUUCCUACAAAUCUAUAUAAACGCUGGUUUAUCAAGAAUACACAAGAAAGGCACUUCGAAUUGUUGAUUCAUCGUCAGAGAUGGCUUAGACAGCAGUUCUCUCUUCCCCUGUCCCAGGAGAACCAAUACUUCCAGGUUGCCCUCUGCAUUCUGCUGCUGUUGUAAUGGAUCUGAUCUAGCUCAUUUUCAGUUCUGCUGAGAUUGAUAUAAUGGAGCACAGUUUAGGUCAGGACUCGGCUCCUGGUUUUGGGUCUUUUGAUAAGUCUAGGGUUUUGGAUGUCAGGCCUUUGAGGCGCCUUGUUCCUGUUUUCACUUCAGCUUCUAGUAAUUCCUCAUCUUCAACACCGCCUUUUGUUUGUGCUUCUCCUGCUGGUCCUUUCCCACCUGGGGUUUCUCCAUUUUUCCCCUUUUUCAUUUCACCAGAGUCUCAAACGCGCCUCGAACAAGAUCGACAAACACCAAGUUCAAUUCCAGUAAAUUCCUUUAGGACUCCUCCACCCUCAGCAGCUGGGGUAACCCCGAACCGGUACACGGGACCUUCAAAUGGAGGAGAUGCUACGCCUUCCGGAAGGAUCACUAGAAGUCGUGUGCAACAACAACAACAACAAUCGCAAAGUGGGGUUGAUGAGGAAGAUGGUUUCAGCUUAAGUGUUGCUGAUGGAGAAAAUACAAGGAAGGUUGGGAGGCCAAAGGGUAAAUUCCGGUCUCAGAAAAGGACACGGACUAGCCAGGAUUUUAAUGUCACUUUUCCUGAUGUCGACAUUGAUGCAAUAGUUGAUAAUAUUCUCAGCUCAUAUACCAAUACAUUGAGUGAAAGUGAGGGCAGUAAGGAAUCAGUUGGAUAUGUACUCAUGUACUAUGAUCUGCUACGAAGAAGAAUUUUACAAAUUGAAGAAAUGAAGGAAGGGAUACCAGGAGUGUUGAGAACAGGGCGCCCUGAUCUAAGGGCUGCAACUCUCUUCAUGAAUAAGGGAAUUAGGACAAAUGCCAAGAAGAAGAUUGGUACAGUGCCUGGUGUUGAAGUUGGGGAUAUUUUCUUUUUCCGAAUGGAAUUGUGCUUGGUUGGAUUACAUGGUCAAAGUAUGGGCGGGAUAGAUUAUAUGGGAAUCAAGAACAGUUCAGAAGAAGAGCCAUUAGCAUUGAGCAUUGUUUCUUCUGGAGGGUAUGAGGAUCAUAUGCAGGAUGGGAAUGAGUUGAUAUAUAGUGGCCAAGGUGGCAAUGCCAGCAAUGAUAAUAGGAAAGAUAAGGAAAUAAAGGAUCAGAAGCUCGAAAGGGGUAAUCUAGCUCUGGAAAAAAGUUUGCAUCGGGGUAAUGAAGUACGAGUAAUCAGGGGUGUUAAGGAUGUAUUUCAUCCCACUGGGAAGGUAUAUGUCUAUGACGGUCUAUACAAAAUAUAUGGAUCAUGGGUAGACAAAGGGAAGAGUGGUGCAAAUGUAUUCAAGUACAGAUUGGUAAGAUUGCCCGGUCAGCCUGAAGCGUUUACAUUAUGGAAAUCAAUUGAGCAAUGGAAAGAAACAAAUGCUGGAAGGCCUGGACUGAUAUUGCCGGAUCUUACUUCAGGGGCAGAAAAUGUUCCUGUUUCUCUUGUAAAUGACAUAGAUGGUGAAAAAGGCCCUGCUCACUUCACAUAUAGUCCUAGUCUCAAGUACUCAAAACCUGUUAAACUCACAGACCCUACUGCUGGAUGUAAUUGUUCUGGUGGAUGUCUCCCAGGUGAUUCCAGCUGCCUUUGCAUUCAGAAAAAUGAAGAAAAUCUCCCAUAUACUGCAAAUGGACUUCUUGUGAACCAAAAAUCCUUAUUACAUGAAUGUGGUCCUUCGUGCAAAUGCCCUCCUAAUUGUCGUAAUCGUGUGUCCCAAGGUGGUUUGAGAGUUCGUUUGGAAGUGUUUAAGACGAAGGAUAAAGGUUGGGGUUUGAGGUCCUGGGAUCCCAUACGUGCUGGUGCUUUCUUAUGUGAAUAUGCAGGAGAAGCUUUGAAUGUUUCUGGUAUUGAAAGUCUUGGGGACGAUCGAGCAGAUGAUUACAGUUUUGAUGCUAAUCGUACUUGUCAGCCACUUGGAGUUCUACCUGGUGAUUCUAUUGAGGGUCCAAAUGCCCCUUUUCCUCUACUUAUAAGUGCAAAUACAGCUGGAAAUGUUGCUCGCUUUAUGAAUCACAGCUGUUCUCCAAAUGUAAUCUGGCAACCAGUUCUACGUGAAAAUAAAAAUGAAUCUGACUUACAUGUUGCGUUUUAUGCGGUUGGACACAUUCCUCCCAUGAAAGAGUUGACUUAUGAUUAUGGGAUGAUCCUUCCUGGGAAUCCAUAUCAGAGGAAGAAGUUAUGCCUUUGUGGGUCAGUUAAGUGUAGAAGCUUCUUUUACUAAUGGCUUGUUAAUGGGUUUAUCUGAUGAUGAAGAAUCUCUACAUGCUGAAAAAGGUUAGAUGUUGAUGAUUUUCUGAAUGAGUUUUGUUACUGAUUGAAACACUUUCUGUUCACUAUGAUGUUUCUUGUUUAUUCUUUCAAAACUCCUGCCGAAGUAAACAUCAUAAAUGAAAUUCUGUGAGAAAAGCAUAUGUGACAGUGUUCAUACGUAUCUGAUAGUUUAGUUUCAGGACUCAGAAGGUUAAGUCUUUGCUCCAAUUAUUAAAUCUAGUCUUACUUCGAAUUCUAAAACCUACCAUGUGUUGUCAUGAAAUCUGUUGAGCUUGUCUGUAUGCUUCACCUGUUUGAACUUUGA